CCCUGCUUGGAGCCCUCCUCUCUGUGCUGGUUGUUAUGAUGUGACUCUUUGUGAGCUGCUAGCACCCAUGAGAACAGUGACAGGUGCCCUAAGAAAUUGUAGUAGCAGAGUGUGGAAUUCAAAGCCAGACUCUUACCAGCCUGCUAAUGACAGUGGGGGAGCACAGAAGGAUCCCUGAAACUCAAGCUGAUCUCCUCAAAAAAAGCAAAAUACGAGCCCGCCUGAGGCAGCCAGCAAAGAGAAGUGGGAGAAAGGCUUUUGGAACCACAUGGCUGACAAGGAGCAGCCACCUGGGAGAAGUGAGCGUGCUGGGAAGCUGCCCCAAGCUGAGAAGAAGCUCCACGAGGCUGUUUGUGUGCUGCUGGUGGAGCUGUGCGAGAGGUUCACCUUCUUCGGCAUCGUGUGCAACAUGAUCCUCUUCUGCACCGCCAAGCUCGGCUACCGCAGCUACCAGGCAGCCAUGGUCAAUAUGUGCUUCGUGGGCACCUCCACGCUCACACCAGUGCUGGUGGGCUGGCUGGCAGAGUACCUGGUGGGGAGGAUCAAGCUGGUGUGCAUCUGCAUGUUCCUGCACUUCCUAGGCACAGCACUGUUACCUGUAGUGUCAUUCCCCUUUGAAGACAUUUACAUCGACAGACGUCACGUUCUUCUCACCCUCCCCAAAAGGGAGCAGAAAAUCGUCUUCUACUUUGCUCUCCUCACAGCCAGCCUGGGAAUAGGAGGCAUAAGAGCCAUUGUGUGUCCACUGAGUGCCUACAGCCUCGAGGACUGUGGCCCAAAGGAGCUGCUUUCAUUUUUCAACUGGUUUCAUUGGUUGGUUAACCUGAAUUCAGCAGUGGUCUUUGUCAGCAUUUCUUACAUCCAGCAGUCCGUGGCCAGGAACCUUGGCUUUCUUAUCCCAUUUGUGUCUGGGCUUAUGGCUAUGAUCACAAUUCACAUGGUUCGGGGUGAAAUGAUUUACAAACCCAAAACAGACAGCUCCCUGCUGACGACUUUUGGGGUCAUUUUUAGCGCCCUGAAGACGUGCGGUGCGCGGUAUCGCUACUUGAGCACAGCCCUGGCCAGCUGGCUGGACCAUGCCAAGGAAAACCAGGGUGGUCAGUACAGUGAGAGCCAGGUGGAAGGCACCAAGUCACUCACCAGACUCUUCCCCUUGUUCACUUUCCAGAUCCUGUACAGAACGUGCGUUAUGCAGAUCCCUUCAGGAUAUUAUCUCCAAACCAUGAAUUCCAACUUGCACUUCAGUGGGUUUGUCUUGCCAGUUGCAGCAAUGAAUGUGAUCAGCAUUGUGCCCCUACUGAUUCUUGUUCCUGUUUUGGAGUGCAUUAACUCAUGGCUCUUUAGCUCCAAGGACACUGGACACUCUCCAACAAUUUACAUUGUUGUAGGUCACUUAUGUGCUGCACUUUCCGUGAUGGUUGCUGGCUUCUGUGAAAUGCACCGAAAGCACUUCCCUCAGGUGGAGCAGACUUUCUCUGAGGAGGUUCUCCUGGUCUCCUCCAUGCCUUGCUUCCACUUGGCUCCUCAGUACAUCCUGCUUGGAGUGGCUGAAGCCUUGGUAACUCCCUCCUGUUCCUUACUUUCAUUCCAUCUCGUGCCUGAAAGAAUGAGAGGGAUUUCCAUGCAUUUUUUAGCUCUCUUUAAUGGAGCUGGCUGCUUUUUGGGAGCUCUCUUUGUUCAGACAGCCCACACAGGCACUCAAGGCAACUGGUUCCCACACUUGCUGCAUGAAGGGAAAUUGGAGAGAUUCUUCUUCUUCUUGGCUUCCUUAAUGAUGGUGAACACCCUGGGGUUCUGGACCAUUGCACACAGAUACAACAAUCUGCAUGAGGAUUGCACCAAUGAAUUCAGAAGAAUUCUUCCUGGAGAAAAACUUUUGAAGCAUGAAAAAGCAAUCAAGCAUUAUAAUGCUGUCCUGGAAAGUUCUCCCAUUUUGUCUCCUGUGGAGAAAACCUGAUAAAAUUUCACCCUCAUUUGACUAAAUUUUGAUUUUUUUUUUAUCCACCAGCUGUCUAAUGAUAAAUUACCCACCACACUUAAGUGGAGCUAUGUCCUGGUAUCCAUGAAUUAUCUGAUGAAUAAUAAUGUUAUUUAUAAGUUGACAAAAUAGCAUUCUUCAUAGGAUUUGGCCUUGAAGGAGGCUGCACUGUCAUAAUUCACACUGAGGCCAAGGAGAGCUCACUGCUUGCCACAGCUGACAGAGAGAGGCUUUUAAUCUUAAUAUGGAAAUAGGUAUCCACAUAUAUUUGUACUUAGGAGUGGUCAAAAGUUAAUAAACCUGCAGACAUUUGCUUAGAAAGUUA